GAGCAAUGGCCCCACGCGCUGCACCUGCUGGCGCACAUCUAUGCCGCCAACCUAGAGGAUGCCCGGUUCCUGUACAAGCGCACGCCGGACAACAUCAAGCAGGGCAGCCCGGAGCUGCAGGCGGCGUUUGGGCUGCUGCAGCGGAUGUGGGUCAAAGACUAUCAGCAUGUGUGGACCGCGCUGCAGUUUGGCUGGAGCCCGCAGGCGCAGCCGCUGGUGGCGGCGAUAGCGGAGAAGAGGCGGGGGCAGAUGGUGGAGCUGGUGGGGCGAGCCUACGCCAACAUCAGCCUGGGCAAGCUGGCGGCGCUGCUGGGGUGCGGCGAGGCCGAGGCGGCGCAGGCGGCGGCGAGCAAGGGCUGGGAGGUUGCGGACGGGGUGGUGGAGGUGAAGCAGGCGGCGCCGACGGUGCGGGCGGGGGAGGCCGUCGCACAGCGCAGCCUGCAGCGACUGACCGAGUAUGUGGUUCAUCUAGAG